AUGGAACACAUUGGAUCGGCGAGAACCAGCGAAGUUCUGCGGCGUGUGAUGGUGAUUGCUGGAAGGUGCUGGUCGGCGUGCUUCCCGGAGAUCCGAGUGCUGCAGGGACUGCUAACAUGGGAGAAAGGUUCACAGCAUCUCGAACCGCUCGCUCCCUUGAAAAGUUUGGUCUUCGACAACUUGGUGAGCGAGGGUUCCUUUGGGCAAAUCUUCGGUGGCACUUGGUGCGGUCGCAGAGUGGCCAUCAAGGUGUUGCGCAGUGAGAGCAGUGGCAUCGAGGAGGCGGUGUUGAUGAAGUCGUUGUGUCACCCCAAUGUGGUCGAGGCAAUUUUCUUCGCAGAGGUGGCGCACGAGUUGAUGGGCAUGCAACUUUGGUUGGUGCAGGAGUUUUGCGAUUGUGGCACAUGGGGCAGCCACUGCGUUUCGCCUCGCAAUGCGUGGGCUGGCCUGUGCGAGGCACGGGAUAUGUGUGCGGAGGUGUGCUCAGCAUGCAACUGGCUGCAUUCGCGAGGAGUUCUGCACGGUGACCUUGCAGACGGCAACGUGUUGCUGUCGAGCAACGACAGUUGGAAAGGUUUUGUUUGCAAGGUCGGAGAUUUCGGCUCUGCUUGCAAAGUGCCAAAUGGCGUGGACAAGGUGUGCAGCAAGUCCUUGGGGACCGUGAAUUUUUUGGCCCCCGAGUGCCUGGAACCCGAGGGCGACGGCAGCAUGCAAAGCCGCGAGCGAGAUGUGUUCGCUUUUGCCCGACUCAUGUGGCAGGCGCUGACUGGGCAGCGGCCCUUCUUCGGUUGUUCCGCCAUCCAGGCCGCGGGAAAUCACCGGAAGUUUACAGCAGAUUUCUGGAAGAUGGGAGUCGGAUAA